GACAAAGAGUUAGGAAGAGGAAUGGAUAGACAGCAAGUGGUCCUCCACAUGAACCAUGGCAUGGGAGAUAAUAGCUAUGCUCAUAACUCUAUCAUUCAGAACAAGGUGAUGAGGGAGGCAAAACCCAUAGUAGAAGAGAAUAUCAUGAGGUUACAUACUAUUAUUCCUAUUCAUUGUUUUAAGGUGGCUGACUUAGGCUGUUCUUCAGGACCAAAUGCUCUUCAGUUGGUAUCUAAUGUCAUCGACAUUGUUCAUACUACUACUUCUAACUUGAAUGUCAAACCACCGGUUUUUCAAUUCUUCUUGAAUGAUCUAUUUGGGAAUGAUUUCAAUAGCAUCUUUAAAUCACUCCCUCAAUUCUCGGAAAUCAUAGAAGAAAAGAAGGGACACAAAUUGGGUCCAUGUUUUAUCAAUGCAACUCCAGGGACAUUCUACAAGAGGCUAUUUCCUAACAAUUUCUCGCACUUUGUUCAUUCCUCUUUUAGUCUUCAUUGGCUUUCUCAGGUUCCAAAGGAGUUGGGAAAUAAUAAGGAAAAUAUACAUUUAACAAGCACAAGUCCUCCAAGAAUGCACAAAGCAUAUCUUGAACAAUUCCAAAAGGACUUUAAAUUAUUUCUGAAAUUACGUUCACAAGAGCUGGUGUCAAAAGGAGGGAUGGUCCUGACUCUAUUUGGAAGGGAGGAAACUCGUGAUAUGAGAACUGCUUGGAGGCUAUUUGGCAUAACACUCAAUGACAUGCUCUUAGAGAAUUUGAUUGAAGAGAUAAAAUUGGAGUCCUUUAAUUUACCAUUGUAUGACCCAACAAUAGAGGAAGCAAAAGAAGUAAUUGAGGAAGAAGGAUCUUUCACUCUUCAAAGGCUAGAAUCUGUGAUAAUGGGUUGGGAUGGAAACAUAAACGAAGGUGUUGAUGACAAGAAUAAACUUGAUCUAAAUAUGAGGGCACAGUUUAUAACCAAACAACAAAGAGCUGCUUUAGAACCACUCUUGAAGGCACAAUUUGGAGAAAAUGUGAUGGACGAAUUGUUUCUCAGGUUUAAGAAUAAAGUUGUCGAAUUGAUGGAGGAAAAGAUAUUGGAAUUUCCUACUCUCAUAAUCUCGCUAAUUAAGAAGGCUUGAAGGGAUGAAUUAAGUACCAUAAAAUUACUAUAU